GCGGCGCUUCAACUCGCCGCCGCUCCUGAAAUAGAUUGAAGUCAGGACGAAGGCGAGCCAGCCACUGAUCCGAAGUGUCGCUGGAAGCCUCCACGUAAAGGACUCUUUUAAGGGAUUACAUUUUUCACAACCAAAGAUGGUCCGACCUCAGUUUGGUCCACCACGCUUCAAGUCCAGAUCCUACGACAAUGACCCUCCUUUUGAACCCCGGGAAGACCAUUUCAGCCGGAGAGACGGUCCGGACUACACUGGAAAGGCCCCUCGCAGCUGGAGGGGAUCCAGAGGAGGCCGAGGAAGGCCCCCCUUCACCAAGCGCACCCCACUAAUGGCAGAGCGUAGGGAGCCCGCCCACGGCGGCUGGAGACCUCCGCACCAGGACUCGUUCCAAUCAUCCUACUCCCACCAAGAUGAACCCCACCACGGCCACAGGAGGCCGUCCCCGUCAAGGCCCAACCGGCCCCUCGAUGCCCAGCAUCGCCCUGCCCCCCACAGCCCCCCUCACGCCUCCCCCGGCCACAGGGGCCCCUCGUACCGUGAGGGCCACUCAGACGGAGGCCACAGGUCCCCCUCGCCCUGGCACUUCAACAAGUCCCCGGCCGACAGGAGGCCGGGGUCCUCUGGUCCGUACCGAGGCUCCUUUAGGGGCCCCAACAGGCACCCCGGGGCCCCCCACGGAGAGCAACGCAACCCAGAUCACAGGGGACAUUACAGUCCCAGGGAGAGGCCGAGCGAUCACCAAGCUCACGGCUCUAAGCGCUGGGGUGGAGACAGAGAAUUCUCCCAUCAGCACAAUGGAGAGUACGGGCCCCCUAGCCCUCAGAGGAAACCCAGGGAGUUUCAAAGGCGAAACUCCUAUCCAGAGAGGUGGUCUGGUGAGCAGGACCCCCGGAGGCCACGCGGGGAGGUGGAGAGAGAAGGGAACAGACCCCUCAUGGAUAAGCCUCAGCAAAGCCACUCCCACCCGCCCCCAUACAGAUCUCCCGCAUGGAAAGGAACGCCUCCGCCUCCGUCCGCCUCGUCCUUCCACAGCAGCCCUCGGGAGAGGCCAGGCAUGGUGCUACCUCGCAAAAGGAGGUUGCCGGAUCUUAACGAGCCCUUCGCCGGGGGGCCGCCAGAGCGCGGCCCCUUCAGGCUGGCCCAGACAGGGCGGCCCGGCCUCUUGCCCCCGCCCAUUCGUUUCAGCUGCAGCCGGAAACGCUCAUUUCCUCCCGUCCGGCCGAUGUUUAUGAACCCCCCCGCCACAGGGCCGGCGACCCCCCUCCUGCCUCCAUCUAUGAAGCCCACCAAGACCAAGGCCACGAAACCCGAGGUCAAGAGCUCCAGCUCCAUCCUCGCCAGCCGCAAGGAGCGCUUCCAGGCCGACGCGGCGCCCCUGCGGAACCUGGAGCUCAGGAGGAUCAAGCCGCCGAAGGAGUCCCCAAGCAAAGAGGAAAGCCGGGCAAGCAAGUCCCCCAAAGGGUCUGACACGGAGAGCGAACAGGUGGAGUCCCGACGAUCUGUGAGCACACGCAGCUGUUCUCCCCCGGACAAGCCUCUGCCGUCAGACCUGGUGGUGGUCUCUCUCUGGCAGGCCGGAUCCAGCACCAAAGACUGCUCUCCCCCUAGGGACGAAAGCCCCCAUUCCUCCCACGAUCUAACCUGUGAAACAGAGGUCCCUCCUGUCAAGCGCUUCUCCAAGUUUCACGGCUCCAGGCCUUCGCUCGUAGAGCGAACGUACGUAGACAAGAGGCCGAUUAGGCCGUUGGAUGCUGCACUGGAGAGCAAUCGAUAUGACCGGUCAUUCAAGAAACCAGGACAAGUACCAAGCCAGCAGAGGCCUUUUGCCAAUGGGCCAAGAAGGAUGGCCCCCCCUGAUCAGCCGUUCAAUGUCAGGAAGCCUCUCAUGGUAUGCAGUCAUUCUGAGAGCUUUGUGCCACAGCCGUUCCCCCAGCACAGGCCGGCCUUCAGGAAAAGUCAGAGCAUACGCUCCAAGUACCGCAACAUGCAGGUCAUGAGGCAUCGGGGGCCCAGCCAGCAGCGCUGGUGACCCCCCCCCCCCCCCCCCCACGACC